AGGUUCGUAAUGACUAUAAAAAUUACUAAAAAUAACUGUUGCCCUACAAUAGAAGAAGCAUCGCAUCGAAAUGUGUACCUGGAAAGUUGAGGGUUAAGUUUUGACUAAGAGGAUUCAAUAACUGGAGGGCGCCUUUUAAGACGUCAUCAGCCGAUGAGCAUAAACAACAUCAAUCAAUCAAUCAUCCACCACCGCCACAACCACAACCCGGCCACGCGUUCAUCGUUUUUAUUCUAGAAAUCACACAGAAUAACCCUAAUCUUAGCGUCCGACAUCCACAUCGACAACUCAGGCACCAUGCAGCCCACUCAGGACAAUGAAAGCAAUCCGAAUGAUCGGCCAGGGACUCCACCGCGCCCGCCUUAUUCCCCCGUAACUCCGGUCUUCGCUCAUCUGGCCCCAGUCCUAAACGCCUCCACGCCCAACGGUGCGCCAUCACAUCCCAUUGUUCCCCCGGCCUCGUCGCCGUCGCCAACGAGUCGCACUGGCGGUGCAGCGGCCUCGCUUCCUACGACACCGGCCGUCUUUGCGCCGGAGCCUGCUGCCGUGCCGAUCUCGGAAAGCGAGAACCCCGAUGCGAUCGCGUUGCGGUCCACCAUCUCGAUACUACAGCUUCAGAAGCAGCAGAGUCUGCGCGAUAUACGGACACUGGACCGACUGAAGCAAGCGGCGGCGGCCGAUCCCGAGGGGUUUGCGCGCGAACUGGCGGCGGGAAAUCUGUCCGCGAAAGACCCGGGAGGUUUCGUGAAUUUCACGCAUGAUGAGGAGGACGAGGAUGAUGAGAUGGGUGAUUCGAAGGAAGGAGACGCAUCAGGCCUGGGGACCAUACCUACCCCACAGAACGUGGUACGCAUGCCACCGAUCAACUGGAACAAGUAUCAGAUCGUGGGCGAGCCGCUGGACCGGAUGCACGAGGAUCAACGACAACGUCCGUCUCCCGGGGAGCCUAGACGAGAGGAACCUGCGCAGCGGGCGCCGGAGCAUGUUCUUGCGUCACCGUACCGACCGUUAGUAGAUAAACUAGAGAAUCCGGACAAAGUAAGAGGAGCCAGUAGGAACAAGAAAACAUAAAGAUUGGAGAAGAGAAUUCUGUGAUUGGUGAAGCUAGACUCUAUGGUACGGUCUCAUGUGAAAAGGUUUCACUUUGAGCAAUUAACAACGGUAGCGUUCAUUCAUCGUGUCUUGAUUACAUGGGAGAAAGACAAGCAAGAAGACAAUGAUGUAUGCCUGCCGGUCUGUUACAUGUCGCGCUGCGAAUGUCAAACUAAGUUAGGGAACUUUCGGUCUAGCCGGGUGAAAGAAAGCCAUGCCAGCCUACCACAGCCGGCUGUGGAGACUAAACGGAGGGG